ACUAAAGAAAGAACACAAAACACAGAAAACUUAGGUGGACCUGGGGACAGGAAGAAUGGAGCUGUUUAGAAAGCUGUGGCUGGCGAGGAAACUGAUUCUGGUGGUCAUGAUCCCUCUGUCCCUGCUGCCUCUGCCUCUCAUCCAUCCGAGCAGUGAGUCUUCCUGUGCCUAUGUGCUGAUUGUGACAGCAGUGUACUGGGUGUCAGAGGCAGUGCCCUUGGGGGCUGCAGCAUUGGUCCCAGCCUUUUUAUUCCCGCUCUUUGGGGUUCUCAAAUCAAGUGAGGUCGCAUCAGAGUACUUUAAGGACACAACGCUUCUCCUGAUGGGAGUCAUCUGCCUGGCCGCUUCUAUAGAAAAGUGGAACCUGCACAAACGCAUUGCCCUGCGCAUGGUUAUGAUAGCUGGAGCAAAACCUGGAAUGCUGGUGUUAGGGUUCAUGUGCUGCACUAUGUUCUUGUCCAUGUGGCUGAGUAACACCUCCACUACAGCCAUGGUGAUGCCCAUCGCUGAGGCCGUACUGCAGCAGCUCAUUUACACUGGCAUCGCUGACUCUCAUGAUGACUCGGAUACUGUGGAGACACAAGAGGAUGAAAACGAUAAGGAGUUGAACCAGAGCAAAAAUCACCUUGAGCUUGUAGAUUGUGACAACAGUUGUAAGAACCCAGAAAUUUGCACAGUUGCUGAGGAAGCUAAUGGUUUUGCAUUGAAGCCAGUUCAGGGAAGAGACUUUCCAAAGCGGACUAAUGGACAUCUAGCUGCUCAGGUUUCAGUUGAUGUUCCUGUACCAAAGAGCUCAAAAAUGUGGAAGGACUCCAAAUACCCAACCAAACUGGAUCACAUGAUCUGCAAGUGUCUGUCUCUGAGCAUCACAUACGCAGCUACAAUCGGUGGCCUCAUCACCAUCACUGGCACUUCCACCAAUCUCAUCUUUUCAGAGCAGUUUAACAAUCGAUACCCAGAUGCCAAGGUCAUCAAUUUUGGAACCUGGUUCAUCUUCAGUCUACCUAUUGCUCUCAUUAUGUUGGUUUUAACCUGGCUUUGGCUCCACUUCCUGUUCCUCGGAUGCAAUUUUAAGGAAACUUGCUCCUGGAGUAAGAAACGCAAAACCAAGCGUGAGAUCCUCUCUGAGAAGCGCAUCCAUGAAGAGUACCAGAAGCUUGGUGCCAUAAGUUAUCCAGAAAUUGUGACGGGGCUCUUUUUCAUUCUGAUGACCUUGCUGUGGUUCACAAGGGAACCGGGAUUUGUUCCUGGCUGGACGUUCCUGUUUGAGAAGAAAGGGUACAGAACCGAUGCUACAGUCUCUGUGCUGCUCGGCUUCCUCCUCUUCCUCAUCCCUGCACGCAAGCCCUGGUCAUCUUCAUCUUCAAGUGAAAGCACAGUGAGUGCAUGUGAAAAGGAUAAGAUGGAUGAAGAAGAAGACCCCUUGGCACCCAUGAUAACAUGGAAAGACUUCUUGAGACUGAUGCCAUGGGAAAUUGUGAUUCUGGUUGGAGCAGGGUAUGCGCUCGCAGCAGGGUGUAGGGUGUCAGGUUUGUCCAUGUGGAUCGGGCGUCAGCUGGAGCCGAUGAGCGGCCUGCCACCGUGGGCCGUCACACUACUCGCUUGCUUGCUCGUGUCGGCUGUAACUGAAUUCGCCAGCAACCCUGCAACUCUCACUGUGUUCCUGCCUAUUCUUUCUGCUUUGUCCGAGACUCUGCAGAUAAACCCCCUGUACACACUCAUCCCAGCCACAAUGUGUGUAUCCUUUGGAGUCAUGCUGCCUGUAGGAAACCCACCAAAUGCUAUUGUGUUCAGUUAUGGACAUUUAAAAAUCAAUGACAUGGUUAAGGCUGGUUUCGGGGUGAAUCUGAUUGGAGUUAUGGUGGUCAUGCUGGCUAUAACCACAUGGGGCACUCCACUUUUCCAGUUGACGGAGUUCCCUGCCUGGGCGGUGAUGAGAAAUGUAACCAGCAGCUUGUCGGCACAAGCAUAAUGAAUAAGUGCGAGUUUCUGAAAUAAUAUAAAGGAAUGGACAACUUUUUAAAUACAUGGUGCAAGUGGCACUUUUUCUUUUCUUUGACUGCCUUCAAAACAAUGCAAUAUCAAGGCAAUAUGGAGACCUCCUUAUGGUGACCACCUGUUCUUUAAUGGUGACUGGUAUUCAAAUGAAUGUUACAUAAGAUGUUUAAAUGGUCAAUGAUGUAAAGUUCUACAGUAUAACAUAGAUCAAGCCAGCAUUAUGCAACAGUUAGUUCCGACUGAGUAAUCUGAUUGGACAAGUUAUUCAGAAGUGGUAAUAGACGGUAACCCAGCACUGGGGCGUUUAACUAUAUCUAUCACUCUACAUCCCAGCUGUUCUAACAACUGUUAAUUAAACUAACUCUCAGUUGCAGCUUGGGUGAAAAUUGGUCGGUACGGUCGGCAGUACUGAAAAGAGAUCAGCUACCCGCCAAAAACCACAUUUAGAAACAGUCACAGAGCACUUUUAGCAAAAAAAAAAAAAAAAAAACAUCUGAUUGCAUUAUGUCUACUUAAACAACACUUUGUCUACAUAGUAAUUGCUUUGAAGUCAUUCCUAAUUGCCUAUGUGUUGUUUGUUUUACACCUAAGCUGCACUAAGCUACAAAGCAAACUAGUUUCCAACAUAAGGCUGAAUCUCAAAUUCCUCUGUAACCCCAAAUCAAGGGCAGUACUUGGUGUGUUAAACAAGGGAUUGUAUACCCCAGUGCCUAGUUUCUAUUGAACUCUAUUUGAGAUUUAACCCAGGAACCCAAAAACUUAACAGAGCUAAUAAAAACAUUUCUAAGAGCGUCUAAAGUAAAAUAAGUGGAAAUAUAAAGAGAAACUUGAGAGCUUUACAGGAGUGUCCAUCACCUCCAUGGAUUAUUCUGGUAAGAAUUUCACCCCUUUUAAUUACACUUACUGUUGGUUGCAAUGUGUCAGUCGCCAGCUCUGCCAGUCAUGGUUACUGCUACUACUACUAUUGUCAUUCAUUUAAACAGGUCACACACUGCAAUGUUUAAAACAUGU